UUAUUUUCCAACGAAUUGCAGAUUAUCUCAUUCUUAUCUAUUCUACCUUGAUGACCUAAAAUCAAAGGUCCAAAAUCCACAACUUUUCAACCUAAAAUCAAAGGUCCAAAAUCCACCAACUUUUCAAUCAUUUAAACCUCAAUAUGUCUAACCUUAACCGUUAUUCUUGAGAUUCCACAAUAGACCUUGAAAUUUCAAAAACCAUUCAAUUCAAAUUUAACUAGAGAUUUUAUUUGUCUAAGCUUCAAUAAUUCUGAUUUUUAACAUGAAAAUAACCUCGACAAGACACCAUUUUAUCCUCAAUAUUUGAUCUUCACUCUUGACUUGUAACUAUCAACCUUGUUUCAUUCCUUUUCAAUAAUAACUGAAAAACAACUCGGUUUCUCACAAAAAAGUUUUCACGGGAACCACGUGAUUUUUCUUUCAUCUGCUCAACCGAUUUCGUCACGUCAAAGUUUGUUUUCUUUAAACUCUCAUAAAGUAUCCACAAUAAGGGAAAAUAAUUAAUAAAGGAACUGUUUUCGGUUUCUUUGAAUUGUUUCUCUCAAAGAUGAAUCAUUCUGGAAGUGAAACUGAUCAUAGCAGAAAGUUAGUUGAACUUACCAAGGACAAAAAUGGGAUAGACCAUCUUGUUCUUCGAAACCCUCGAGGAGCUUCAGCAACGGUUAGCUUGCACGGAGGGCAAGUUCUUUCAUGGAAAACCGAACGCGGCCAAGAGUUAUUGUUCUCUAGUACAAAGGCAUUCUUUAGUCCUCCCAAACCGGUCCGAGGAGGAAUUCCAAUCUGUUUUCCACAGUUUGGAAACCGUGGUACACUAGAGCAACAUGGAUUUGCUAGGAAUAAGAUAUGGGUUAUUGAUCAAAAUCCCCCGCCACUUUCCGCUGAUUCCAAUGGAAAAGUUUGCAUUGACUUGUUGCUCAAACCAUCCGAAGAUGAUAUGAAGAUAUGGCCACACAGCUUCGAGUUUCGCCUAAAGGUCUGUUUGACAGCCGACGGCCGUCUGAUCCUGAUAUCUCGCAUCAGGAAUGUCAAUGGCAAGCCUUUCAGUUUCUCCUUUGCAUUUCAUACAUAUUUGUCCAUCUCUGAUAUCAGUGAAGUGAGGUUAGAAGGGUUGGAAACUCUUGACUACCUCGAUAACUUAUACCAAAAGGAACGAUUUACAGAACAAGGAGAUGCUUUGACAUUUGAAUCUGAGGUGGAUCGAGUUUAUCUUGAUUCUAGCAACAUGGUAGCUGUUCUAGAUCACGAAAAGAAGCGAACAUUCGUGAUACGAAAGGAAGGUCUUCCUGAUGUUGUUGUUUGGAAUCCUUGGGAGAAAAAAUCCAAGUCAAUAGUGGAUUUCGGAGACGAAGAGUACAAGCAAAUGCUCUGCGUGGAUGGCGCAGCAGUUGAAAAUCCGAUAACCUUAAAACCGGGAGAAGAAUGGACCGGUCGCUUGGAGCUCUCGGUUGUUCCUUCUACAUGACUUGACUUCCAUGUGCAGUUUGAAAGAAAAUACUAACAAAAAGAAACCAGCAAGCAUUGGUUAUUGUUUUAGCAAAACUUGUGCAGCCUAAAAAUCAUGAGCAAUAACAAUAAGAACAGAUACAUGUGAUGUUGUUCAAGAUCAACCACUUUUCCAAUAUAUACAUAUAAGUGAUGUGCAUGAGGUUGAUGCAGUUAGCUUAAGAAAUAUUAUGAAUAUGGAGAUAUUUUUUCUUCUUCUCUUUGUAUGAUUUGCAAUUUAAUGUACACAUUCAAGUCAUGUACAUGAAAUUGUUGCAGUUAACUUAAAAAGAAAAGGAAAGAAAAAAAGAUACAACUCUUUUGUCUA